GACACGUCCGAAGGGCUUGGGGACCAUGGGGCAGGGUCUUGGUGCAGGGUCCCUGGCCUCUGCACCGUGACAGCUCCAAGUCAGAGGGUGCAGGGCCAGCUUCCAGGGGUUGGAGGAGGAGGGGCCAAGCUGCCUGAGCUGGAGACAGCGGCAGGGUAGGAGAGGAUCAGGACCAACAGCUCUCCUGGCACCCCAGCCUAGGGGCACCAGCUGCACCCAGGCCUUGACCUCAGCUGACCGUGAUAGCGCACAGGGGACGCAGGGUUUAAUUUUAACUCAGCCACAGGCCUGCAGCCCAGCAGUGCUUGUCAGCGGGCACAGGGGUGGCCAGGGCUGCUCUGGGGCUUCUCAGGCUGGGAGAGGACUGGGGAGACCACCUGUGCUCCUUCCAGCCCUGCACCCUGGCAAAGCCACCUCUUGUGGGAGCUCUGACAGGGCCCCAUGGCCUGGCAGAUAGCACUCUCCAUCAAGGGCCAGGUCAGGGGGUUCAGCCAAGAAGAGAGAAGGACACAGCCUAGCAAUCUGGACAGAGAUUGCAUCAGCCUGAAUCGUGCCCAGGGGCAGGGGGUCCUGCUGGGAGAGCAGAGGUUGGCUUGGUUGUGCAAAGGUGGAGGAAGCAGAACCCUGAGGAAAGCAAGGCCAAAAAGCUGGGCUCUACCUGGCCUCCUUGCAUCUGGCUGGUGACUCGCUGUUUGACCUUAAGCAGGCAGCCUGCUCUUCAUGAGCCUUGGUCUUCCCAUCCGUCCAAUGAGAGCACUGAGCUAGGGUGAUCCCAGCUCCAGCCACCCACCUUCAGGCCCCUGCUCCUCCUGCUUCCCCCAGCCCUGGCCGUGGGUGGCCACAUGCAGUCGUGGAGGAGGAAGUCCCUCUGGCUGGCACUGUUGGCCUCCUGGCUUCUCAGCCUCCUGGGAAUCUUUCCCCUGCUCCGCCUGGCAGCACCCCCCAGACCUCAGGCACGGGCCCCCCAUGGCUGGCCCCGCUGGCUGGAUGCAGAGCUCCUGCAGAGCUUCUCCCAUCCUGGGGAACUGCCGGAAGGUGCCCCUCCACCUUCUCAAACCCUCCGCAGUGGCAUCUGUGACUGGGGAACUUGCUUCGAUGCCUCAAAGUGCAGGAGUGGUGGCCUCAAGGUGUUCGUGUACCGAGCGGCUGGACCCAUUUCUGAGACGCAGCACAAGAUCUUGGCUUCCAUUGAGGGAUCCCGCUACCACACGUUCAACCCCGCUGAGGCCUGCCUCCACCUCUUCAGCCUGGACGUCUCAGCUGGAGAGUGCAGCCUGGUGCCCCCGAAAUGGGACGGGGGCAAGAACCAUCUGGUCCUCCGGCUCCACCCAGCCUCCUGUUCUUGGACCUUUCAGCUGGGACAGGCGAUGGUGGCCGAGGCCAGCCCCACAGUGGACACCUUCCGGUCUGGCUUCGACGUGGCCCUCCCCCUUCUCCCUGAAGCCCACCCGUUUCGAGGUGGGGCUCCUGGCCAGCUGCAGCAGUACAGCCCCCACCCCAGGGUGGCCCUGCUAGCCCUGGCGGAAGAGAGGGGUGGGUGGCGCACGGCAGGUACCAACUCCUCUGCCUGCCCCUGGGAUGGGCACUGUGAGCAGGACCACGGACCUGAGCAGACCCACCCUGGGGCAACGCUGCCCAAUGCCACUUUCUGCCUCAUCCCGGGCCGCAGCCGCCGUCCUGAUGCCUUGCACUUCCUCCAAGCCCUGCAGGCUGGCUGCAUCCCUGUACUUCUCAGCCCUCGCUGGGAGCUGCCCUUCUCCGAGGUCAUCGAUUGGACCAAGGCGGCCAUUGUAGCUGACGAGAGGCUCCCACUUCAGGUCCUGGCUGCCCUCCAGGAGAUGCCCCUGACGCGGGUCCUCACGCUGCGUCAGCAGACCCAGUUUCUGUGGGACACCUACUUCUCCUCCGUGGAGAAGGUCAUCCAUACCACUCUAGAGAUUAUUCAGGACCGGAUCCUCGGAGUGUCUGCUCACCCCUCACUGUUGUGGAACAGCCCCCCGGGGGCCCUCCUGGCCCUGCCCACCUUUUCCACAAGCCCCUCGGACUUCCCCUUCUAUUACCUACAGCAGGGCUCUCACCCUGCAGGCAGGUUCAGCGCCCUGAUCUGGGUGGGGGCCCCAGGCCAGCCCCCUCUGAAGCUCAUCCAGGCGGUGGCAGACUCUCAGCACUGUGCCCAGAUCUUGGUUCUCUGGAGCAACGACAAGCCACCCCCACCCAGGUGGCCUGAGACAGCAGUGCCCUUGAUAGUCAUUGAAGGGCACAGGAAGGUAACCGACCGCUUCUUCCCGUACAGCGCCGUCAGCACCGAUGCCAUCCUCAGCCUCGACACUCACAGCAGUCUUUCUACAAGUGAGGUGGACUUCGCUUUUGCGGUGUGGCAGAGCUUCCCGGAGCGGAUGGUGGGUUUUCUGACGUGGAGCCACUUCUGGGAUGAGGCCCAGGGUGGCUGGGGCUGCACUGCUGAGAGGGUCAACGAAUUCUCCAUGGUCCUCAGCUCAGCCGCCUUCUACCAUAGGUAUUACCACACCCUCUUCACCCACUCCCUGCCCAAGGCUCUGAGGAGCCUGGCAGAUGACACACCCGCCUGUGUGGAUGUCCUCAUGAACUUCCUAGUAGCAGCAGUCACCAAGCUGCCCCCUAUCAAGGUGCCCUAUGGGAAGAGGCAUCCGGAAGCCAGACCACCACUGAAGUCUGGCGGUCUGGGGCCCGCGACUGCGCUGCAGCCCGUAGACCAAGGCUGCAUCAACCGGAUGGCGGCAGCGUUCGGCCACAUGCCCCUGGUGUCCUCUCGCCUCCGCCUGGACCCAGUGCUCUUCAAGGACCCGGUGUCAGUGCUUCGUAAGAAGUAUCGCAGGCUGGAGAAGCCCUAAGCAGGACCCACAGAGACCCCUUCCUUACUCCCGGGGGCGUUACACCUGCUUAGAGGAGGUGGCUCGGCUCAGAUGUUUCCUCCUCAGAGACAUCUAGGGACCAAUUAUGGAGCCCAGUUGGCCAACACGUCAGAUCCCGAUUAGCCAAUCAUAGUCAUAGUGCUCGGAACGGGGCGGGACCUCGUCUUACUAUCCAACCCAGCGGCCGAUGACUGUUCUCGGGUGCGCUGCGCCGUCUGUCUCCGUGCCUCUGCUAGGGCCAACCCCUCUGCCCAGCUGACUUCUUGACUUUCAAAUCCUCCCCUCCCACAGGGACUGGUCUCACCGCAUCCCUUCUCGAGAUCGAUUUGGUCUCUUCUGAGCUUUUAUAGCCAGGUGUUUCUCGCAGUCCCAGCACGGUCCAUGUCUGGGAGCCCCGAAAAGGCAGAGCUGUGUUCUCCUCUCUCUGGCCUAGCAGGUGCGCUACGAAUAUUUGAAGAACAGAUAAUGGAAGAAACAUCAACUGCGUGCCUGGCCCUGUGAGGACAGUGGUGGGAGUGUGGACACGAAUGAGGAGACGAAACUCCAUCCCAGUCCGGUGGGAAGGCAGCUUAACCACAGACGCCUGGGUUGCCAGGUGCGAUCCUCAAGCCCCAGAGAGGGAGCAAAGAGGCCCCAGGAAGCUAGUUUCGGCUUCCUUCCCGACCGGGCGGAACAGAGUGGGGAGGGGAGGAAAGGGAUGAGAACGCAGACGGUGACCCCUGCCCGGCCCGGGACCCACAGCUCAGGCUCAGCCAUAGCCAUCGCCCUGCAUUACCAGCUUUGACCACUAGAGGUCAGCGCUGCUCCGCGCUCCAGUAGGGGAACUGGAAGGCUCGGUGGUGUGCAGCCUGAUGUCUGGAAACUCAAGAGAGUAGGGAAGUAUCUGAAAGAACAGCCCCACUUUUUGGCCUACACACUUAGGACCAAGCAGGGCUAUUUCUAGGUGGGCUGGGUGAGAGCAAAAGCCGGGGCGCCUGUAGGUGAGAGUGCAGUGGGGGAAGGGACGCUGGGUUCUCCCGGGUUCAUCCACCUGGGACUGGAAUUAUCACUUCCGAAAUAAAGCGAACGUCCUUGCU